AUGGUAAUGGUUCUGUAUCCUUAUGACGUGAUUCGUUUAGCUGCUUUAUCUACCAACUUGCGCCACUUUAAUUUCGAUCAAUUCACCUCCUCCGGCGUCGGCGAGGCCGGGCCGGCGGUCGCCGCGACUGCCUGGCUUGUCCUGAUGACGGUCUCUCUCUCUUCUCUGGCUGUGUUUGGUGGAUUCGGCGGAUUGGCUCAAGACGGUUGGUGGGUGGGUUUUCCGUCCUUUUCUCCCUCGAGUGAAGUCCGGUGGCUUGCAGGUUCUCGGUAUAGGUGGCGGACUCUGGUUGGGGGAGGGGAUCUCUCGUCCUCGGCGAAUUAA